AUGGCUAAACCCAAAGUGAAAGAGUGCUUGGAAGAGCUCUUGAAGUUCACCCUUGAAUCUCACAUAAAGGGUACCCUGGAAAUCGACCUAGCCUUGCCAACUGACUUCUGCUCUCAUCUCCUCAACAACCCGAAAAUCGACACCACCAAUUCCACACAGGAAGAAGGAAAGGAAAAAACCCCAAAUCCUUUAUACAAGCAACUAGCACUAGCCCUAUUCGAAUCCAUCACUUCCAAUGCAUGUUCUGAGACACAUAGUUUCGAUCAGGGUUCUAAAAUCCUAAACACUCUCAAGUCUGUGGACUUUGAACUCCAUGUUCAGGAGCCCUUUUUCACACAAAUCAAAGACGGCCUAAAGACAAUAGAAGGAAGGUGCAAUGUUGGUGACUACAGUCGAAUCGGAUCAGGAGCACUGAUCCUCUUCAACAAAUGCCUGAUUGUCGAGGUUAAGGAGGUCCGAUCGUAUGGUUCGUUCUCGGAUAUGUUGAAGGCAGAGAGCCUGGAGAAGGUUCUUCCUGGUGUGAAAACCAUUGAAGAAGGUGUUCAAGCCUACAGGAGAUUCUACACUGAAGAAACUGGAAGGUCCAAUGGUGUCAUUGCCAUAUGCAUCGAGAAAUUGCCUGCCCAAGUCUACAUGUAUUUUGCUAAAUUAUUGUCCGAUUUGGGUUGUGAGGGUAUUCAAAGCCUCUUGCAGCUCAAUUCACAUGAAUUCAGUGUCUAAAUUUGUAGCUUUAUCAGCAAUUUACUAAUGAGAAACAUCUUUUUUUAAUUUUUGAGCAAUUUCUGAGCAAGGAAACAAAGCAUAAGAUCUGAAA